CACACACACACACACACACACACACUGCACAGUCGCGUGCUCAGAUUGGAAAGCGUGCACACUGUAUUUUUUUCUCCUUUCUCUCCAAACUGCGGGAUAACUGAAGGGAGAAAAUGCUGCCAAAGAGCUCGGUUUUACUCCUCACACUAUUUAUCUGUUACUUCACUCAGGAAGUCGGCGCCCAAGUGUCGCUGACUAUGGAAAAUGUCGUCGAAGUGUAUAAAGGGGAUUCGGCUGUCAUCCGGUGCCAGUACAGUUUUGCUCAACAUCCCACCAUGGUCAUGGUGCAAUGGUUUGUGCGUGGUCCUGGAGGUAGAAGAGUGAGGAUCUCCUACAGCGACCUUUCCAUGCAGAAGGUGGACGAGAACACGACCUAUACAGACCGCAUCAGCAUCGCAGGGGACACCAGCGCCGAGAACCUGACCGUCGUAGACGUCACGCUCUCGGACGAGAGGGAGUUUUUCUGCCAGGUCAACGGCCUUGCUGCUGGCAACGGAGAGGGCAGGACCCACCUGAAGGUUUUCAACCCUCCAGAACCUCCUGUGAUAGAAGCGGUUGAUUCUGGAGUUUCAGUGACCAAUCCAUUACCGUCAAAGAUUGCAACCUGCGAAACAAGAGAAGGCUUCCCCAAACCAAACAUCACCUGGUAUCGCAAUCGUGAGCCACUGCUUCCCAAAAAUGGCCAGGUGAACGUGGUUACCCUGGUGACCAGAGGGCCCAGCGGACUGUUCACGAUCGAGAGCGAGCUCCAGUAUAAAGUUGCAAGGGAUGACGGCGAGGCUGUGUUCUCAUGCGAGGUCAGCUAUCACGUCCCCGGUGCCAUACGAACGGCCGAAUCCAGAGGCGUCAACGUCACGGUGCACUACCCGACAUUCAAUGUCGAGAUGUGGAAGGAUUCGCCGAAGGGCCUGGUCAAGGAGGGGGACACGGUGGAGAUCCGUUGCCAGGGUGAUGGCAAUCCCCCACCGACCUUCACUUUCAGCCGAGAACAAGAGCCUGAUGUGGGUCUGGAGGCAGAAGGCAAAGUGCUGGUCCUGAAGGAUGUGACACGCAGAGACAGCGGCAUGUACCGUUGCCAAGCGCUGGACCUGGACUCUGAGAACACUGACGUAGGGGCGAGCUUGCAGCUUGCCGUGAACUAUCUUGACCCAGCUGUGGUGAUUCCCAAAGACUCGGAGAUCAUGCUGAAGGGAGAAAGUCUGACAGCCACAUGUAACGCUUUGUCCUCUCUAGAGACAUCCACUGUGUGGUUUAAGGACGGUGUAGAGAUAAGACGAGGACACGUGAUGCUGCUUCAGGACGCUACGUUCGACACAGCCGGACGUUACGAAUGCGAGGUGACCGUUCCCGACAUACCAGGCCUGCACACCAGCGGAUCGGUGCAUAUAAUAGUGCACGGCGCUCCUGAGCUGAGGGAUGUGGAGAGGGAGGUGCCCAUGAUGGAGAGGGUGGGAAAGUGGCUGAACCUGACCUGCGAAGCCAGAGGUUUCCCUCGACCUGUUAUUACCUGGAACGUAACCGGCAGCCCUAAUUCACGUGAAGUGGUAAAGAAAGAGACAGAGGAUGUUGCCCAAAGCAUCUUGACUCUGAAGGUGACCAUGGACACGGUUGCUACGUGCAGCGCAACAAACAUGAUGGGUGCAGACACCAAGAACUACACCAUCACAAGCAUUCCUAUCGUAACCCCGACAGCGAGGAAGGACGCAGUCGAUAACAGCGGCGUGAUGAUCGUGAUCAUAAUCAUCAGCCUUCUCCUCGUAGCCAUCUUGGGCAGCGUGCUGUACUUCCUGUACAAGAAGGGAAAGCUGCCCUGUGGACGUUCUGGCAAACAGGAGAUCUCCAAAGAGACAACCAACAAGGAUAACAUUGUGGUGGAGAUGAAGGCGGAGAAAACAGAGAAGACAGAGAAGACGGUACUACUGAAGGGCGUCAACGGCAACAACAAACCUCCAAGCGACCAGUAAAGUACACUGACCUGCACAAAUAACCUACGAGACCAAGGACAAGAUUUCAGCUGAAGUCCAUUCACUGUCCUCUUACCAACCGAACAACCAAUAGAUACACGGAUACGAAUAACGUCUGCUGGAACAGGAGCAUCUUCUUCGUUCGUUUACGAGCUCUGCUAAUUCAAGAUCGGACGUAUAGACUAAAGUGAGCUCGUUCAGUUGUGCCAGUUUUUUUUUUUUUUUUAAUAAAUACUACUGUUUUUUGUUUCGUUGUUCCCAACCACCUGAGGAAUUCACUGUCAUAUCGUUUCUAUGUAUGACCAUUAUAACCUUUAAAAAAAAAAAAAAACGUGUAUAUCGUAUACGUAAAAUUUAGCCACUUGAAUUAUACAGCAAAUUGAAAUCGGCCACUCGGAAAUUUUCUUACUUGAACUGCAGAAAAAAUAUCAUUUAGCUAAAAGGUCAAAAUAAUGGCAGGAUUUUUUUUUUUUUUUUUUUAGGAUCAUAUUAAAAAAAAAACAAAAAAACUUUGUACUUUAGAACACUAUUUCUAUUAACUGUACAACAUCACUACACCACCACAGAGUAAGUAGGACCAGUAAAACACUAGACGGAAAUAAACACAUUCCUCAAUGCUUUUUUUUUUUUUUUUUUAAUGCAGUAUGAUGGUAUGGUUCUCCUCUGAAGCCUAUGGCCGGAUAGUAACUCACUCACAAACAGUCAAAUUAGGUUCCAUCCUUUUUUUAGCCGACGAGAGAAGCCGAUCAUCAUACUGACGAGUAAACUUUAUACAAAAGUGUAGAGCCAGACAUUACUUUAAAGGUUUGUUUUUGUUACUCAGAGACUACUGCUUUUGUAAAUAGUGUCAGCAGACUAAACUGUAGCUGCGUUUUGACUGCUGAGCAGAUUCACGGCUCCCUCUUUUUUUUUUCUCUGCCUCGUGUU